CAAAUACAGUAGUUCCGUCCUCUCAUCACGAGAGAGAAAAACUUGUUACAAACAAAUUUUAUAAUUGAUCUGGUGAAUUACCACAAACAGUUUACUUUAUUUUGUGUCUUAUGUAAACUAUUUUACGCCAACCUAGACCUUGGAUAAGUUAAUAUCAUAAAUUUUCUAUAAGUAAUAUCAAUCUUUUCGAAAUGAUAAAAAGAUAAAACUAUUGCUAACAAUUAAAUACAAUGUUUUUUCACGUUACUAUUGUAAUCUUAUAAGUUGUAUUUGAACAUAAAUUAAUAAAUUAAGUGUUAAAAAAUGAAGAAUGAAGCAGAAGUGUCAUCUUUACACGUGCAUAAUCAUAAUUUAAUAGAAUCUUCAACAAACCCUCAUGUGAUAAAUUCGCGAAGUCAAUCAAGUGUUAUCUCAAAUUUAUCUCAAAGUGAAAGUAUACUAGUAUCAAAUUUAACAGCAGAGCCGGUAAGGAAAUCUGGUGCACGUAGACAAGAAAAACCUCCUUAUUCUUACAUAGCCUUAAUAGUGAUGGCAAUCCAAUCUAGUCCAGAUAAGCGAUUGACUUUAUCUGAAAUAUACACUUUUCUUCAACAACGAUUUCCGUUUUUCCGUGGAACAUAUCAAGGUUGGAAAAAUUCAGUGCGACACAAUCUGAGCCUCAACGAGUGUUUUGUUAAGUUACCAAAGGGAUUGGGAAGACCAGGUAAGGGCCAUUAUUGGACUAUCGAUCCAGCAAGCGAAUACAUGUUUGAGGAAGGAAGUUUUCGUCGUAGACCAAGAGGUUUUAGAAGGAAAUGCCAAGCAUUAAAACCUCAAUACAGUCAGUAUUUUUCUGGAACUGGCGGAGUUGGUAUUGGAACAAAUAUCCAGCCUCCUGGUUACGACAAUUUGACUGGGACAAUAGAAUAUUCAAAUGGUUAUCCAAAUCAAUAUCAAAAUUAUCAAGAAUAUGCAAUGUACGGGCCGUCUUCUGGAUCGGUUACGGAUUGGACGUAUCCAGAAUAUAAACCAGCUCCACCAAUAGCAGAGGUGACUUAUAAAACGACUGAAGUCACUUACAAAACCGGAGAUAGUUCUCUGUAUCGAAACGGCGAGAUUGCAUUGAAAAAUGAACCUUAUUCGAGAAAUCAAGAUCCAAUUAUUACUUAUAGACCUAAUGAAAUAUCUUUUCAACACAAAGAUCAUCCUCAACAUCAGCAAAACCAAGAUAUCACUUACAAAACAGAAAAUGAACACCAAAGUUUAGUUAGUUGUAAUUACAAAACUGGUGAAAAUACUACGAUUCAUCAACAAUCACAAUGCAUACCUUCUGAAGAUUAUCACAUUGGUUAUGGAUUCACCGGAAAUCCAGGCAAUAUUGCUUCAUUAAGAGGUCUUCAAGGACAAUCAAAUUCAUUAAGUUCUAUUGGAAACAUCAAUAAUUCACAUGGGGAAUCUCAAAAUUCUGUAGCCGAACAUGGUUUAAAAGUUCAAUGUUCCAAUGCCAGUUCUGGUGGAUCUCUAAUGGAAAGAAAACCAUACAUCGGUCAGACAUCAAGCUCACUAACAUUAAAUAGUCUCAAUUCAUUAAGUUCACUAUCUUUAAGUAAUCUCAGUGGACUGAGCAUACCUGGUACUGUGCCAUCAAAUGUUCACAGCACUACAUUACCCAGCGCAAGUUUGUACUAUGAUCAAAUAAAAUAUUCAAUGUAGAAGUAAGAAAAAACUUAAAUGCUUGAAAAAACGAUAAAUUUACGAAAUAAUUAAAUAAAUUAUAAAAAUAUCAAAUAUUUAAUAGUUUUUCAUUUUUUAACGGUCAAAACAUUAUUAUUCAUCUCAUUAUCCGUUGAAAAUGAAAACGGAAAUUUAAAUAUAUCCACAUGUGCAUAUAAAUACAUGAAAGACUGCGACACGGCGUAGGUCGAAAAUUUGAUAAAAAGAUUUUUGAUCGCCGUUUUCAUUAAUUUAACGUAAGUUUUAAAAUUCAGAUCAAUACAAAAUUAUUCGAAAUAAUUACAAGUACAUUGUGUACAGUUAUUAAUAAAAAUAUAAUUAAAUUAUUCCUGCAAGUUCCCGAUCGUGUUUAAAAAUUUUUAAUGACGUAAAUCUCAGAACUUAUCGGUAAAGAAUUUAUUUCGUCUCUUAUUUUUCAAAAAAAAAAAAAAAACAGUUGAUAAGAAAACCAUUUAAAAUUAAUCAACAUUUAGUAUUAUCUUUAAGCAAUGAGUUCUGGUCUAUUGUUAAUCGCACUACUAAAAAUAGCUUUAAAUGAAACAUUAUAAUUCUGAAUAAUGUAAUUUAUUCAAACGUACAAUCGUACUGUAAGACGUUUCAGGUAAAAAAAUUUCCAGCCAAAAAAAUUUUUUCUCGGCCAAAAAAAAAAAAAUUAUACGGCUACGGUGUGAUUUCGGCCAAAUUUAGGCCUCUUCGAAUAAACUUGAAUGGUUUCGGCGUAAUUUCGGCGAAAUAUUUUUACCCGGUGUAUAUAAAUAAAAAUAUAUCAAAUAUUGUUCCGCGUAAUAAGUAUAAUUUUUUUCUUUAUUAUUUUUACCGGCUUGAAAAUGUUCAUUACACUGUAAGAAAUCGGGAAUAAAUUUGGAGUGAUUACGGAUUUUAUUUAAAUCUGAAUUCACUCCGUGACUCGAAGUUUCAGAGUUUUUUUUCAAAAAAUCCUUCUGCAUACGGAGUAAAUAGGGAGUUUGUCUUUUCAACAGAGUGAUUUCGGAGUGGUCUAGAUUUUAUUUAAAUCCGCAUUCACUCCGCAAAUUUUCUAUACAGUACAUUGGAAAAUAGUAACAAUUGUUAUGAUCAUUUUUUUCUUACAAAGAAUUUAUUUAAGAAAUGUUUCAAGCAAGUCAUGAAAUUCGAAAUUUCAGCUAUAUAUUUUUAAAUGAAUUAAAAAUAAAAUGAUAUGAAACCAACACAUUGCAUCCAGACGUAGAACCAGAGUAUUUGGAAAUGGCCUAACAAACUUACGCUACGUUAUUAAAAGAAAAAGCUUACUAUGUGUUCGAAACCUAUAAAAUCUGCCUAAUUUUGUUUUCUUUUUUUUUUUGUUUUCUUUUUUUUUUUUUUUUUUUUUUUUUUUUAAUUCACAGAAAAAAUGUUAAUAUCACAAAAUAGAGGAUAAAGAUAAGAUGGACAAAUUGCUUAGUAUAAUCAAUUCGUGUAUCUCAGGUCAUCUUUUCUCGCUAUUUGUUUACAUAAUAAAUUAAACGUCUCACAGUACGAUCCACAACGGCUGAACGCAUGUGGCAUGCGUCGGCGUACACGAAGCAGACUCAACACCAUCGCCUCUCUUUUUUUUUCUUUUUCCCCGUUCUUGUACACAUAUACUAUCGUUGAACUUUACAUUAAACGUUCCUUUUGUCUCUAUAAAAUCUCGUUUGUUUAUAUGUAUAAAAUUUUAUUAAAUAUUAAAAACCAAAGUUAAAAAAAAUGUAUUUUUACUAUAGAAAAAAAAAAA